UCGAGGCGUAUUCUCUCCUAGAGGAAAAAAAUAUCCUAGCAACAAAUCGACCUUGGAAUCCUAGAGACCUAGAACUGGGCCCCCCUCCCCUGUUCUACUCCCGCUUUCGCUCGGCUUGCAACUAGCAUUGAUCAUCCACAUCCACCCCACCACUACCUAGUAUAGGUCUACCUACCUGGUAUAGGCCAUUGGUAGUACCUAGUACACAUCUCGACGCAGGUACCUGGGACUCGAGCAUAAGAUACAAAUGUCAACCAUACCCCCAAACUCCCAAGGAGAUCUGAUGAGAUCAGCAACCGUCAACAUGGCUGUCGCACAACCGACCAAGUCGAAGCCUACUUCAACAAAGCAAAGCAACAAUGCUAACCCGAAAGCAAAGACACAGAUGCAUCGUCGCUCAAGAACAGGUUGCUACACCUGCAGAUUACGACGGAAGAAGUGCGAUGAGGGCACUCCCAUGUGCUCAGCAUGCAAGCACCUCGGUCUUGUUUGCGAAUAUAAGAGGCCAAUGUGGUGGAGCAACAACGAUGCGAGGAGAUCACACAAGGACGAAAUCAAGAUGAUCAUUAAACGAAAGAAGCUCUCCGAGAAGGCGUCACACACGAUACAAACUUCGGUCAACUCCCCGCCUGGCCUGUCACACUCUCUGCCCACCUCUGCUACUUUCUCCGAUCCUCUUGACCGGACAAGAUCAGCGUCUAUUGAUUCGCAAUUCGCCUUUAACUUCAACAGCCCACCCAAUGUGCCUGAUUAUGGCUCCUACAACCCUCACAUGCUCCCAUCGCAUUCUGAUUUCAUGUUUGGCAUGUCUCCAUACGAGAUUGAUGUCAAGACCGAGCGCCAGAUGUAUGUCAAUGACGUGCCAACUCUACGAGAAUCGACAGUCUCCACCUUCAGCACUUUCCAAACGCCGCCCCCGACCGGAACCAUCUUACAGUCCUAUCCUGGAAAUGGAGAAUGGUCUGAACAGGUUUACCAGGAGCGCCGAGAGUCAUUGGCUGAGGAGACAUUGAACUGCAACUUCUUUGACUUCUCCCACGGCUUACCAACGCAAUCGAGACAAUUUGACAUUGAGCUAGAAGAGAACGACCAGCGAUUGUUGGACCAUUUCAUCCAAUACGUGCUCCCAACCAUCUUCCCCAUCUUGGAGACCAACCAACACGGAUCUGUUGGCUCCGAUCUCAUCCUACCUAACCUACAGAACAACAAGGGAUACCUUCACUGUUGCCUCAUGAUCGCAGCGCAACACUUCAAGGCGACCAUGAACAUUCAGGGGGAAGAAAUCGACAACGAUAUCAUGCGACACAGACACGCGACAAUCCUUGCACUCUGUGAGGCCUUGAACAAGGAUGAAAACCAUCACCAGAUCCUAGAGGCGACUCUGGGCCUCAUCUUCUUCCAGAGCUGUGUUGGUCGAUACGACGACUCCCUUCCCGACAUCCCAUGGCACCAACACUUCCAGGCCGUGAACUCCUUGGUAACCAAAUUAGAUCUUCCUCAACUAGUCACCGAGUCCAACGAGCAGCUUUCUCAGACAUCCUUCAACAUGACCCUGACAGCCUGGAUAGACAUCCUCGGCGCAACCAUGCAAGGCCGGGCGCCGACCUUCGCGCACACCUACCGCGAGAAGCACCUCUCGACAACGAACCCCUUCAUGGGGCUCCGCGAGCUCAUGGGCUGCGACGACCACGUCAUGUACCUCAUCUCGGAGAUCGCCUGCCUCGAGGCGCUCAAGAAGGAGGGCAUGGACGACAUCAGCCUGUGCCAGCACGUGCACGCGCUCGGCGACCAGAUCGGGCUCACGGAGGCCCACGACGGCGGGCCUAAGAUGCCCUUCAACGCCAACGGUUCCCUUAGCCCCAAGCAGCUCAGCAAGAACAUCACCAGCGCCUUCCGCCUCGCCGCCCGCAUCUACCUCUGCAGCCUCGUCCCCGGCUUCUCCCCCAGCCAGGCCAGCUGCGUCGGGCUCGUCGAGAAGCUCACCACCGUGCUGCAGUUCAUCCCCUCGGGCCCCGGCGGCUUCGAUAGAAGUCUAGGCUGGGUCUACCUGAUCGGCGGCUCGGUCAGCGGGAUGAACUCGACCUUCCGCCAGCUCUUCCACGACCGCAUCGCGCAGCUCGGCGACGCGGCCUCCUUCGGCAGCUUCGGCGGCGUCGUAUCACUACUUCAUGAGGUCUGGCAGCAGGCCGACAGCUACCAGCAACAGUCGAGUCCCAGUGCAAACGGGUCAACAGAAGCGCCGUACAUCUCCUGGCGAGAUGUCAUGCAGAUGAGAGGGUGGGAUUACCUACUGAUCUAAGCUGGUUUUCUUAGCAAGGGUCCCCCCCCACUCAUCUGCGGGUAGGCCUUCUGAGAGCGAUGCGGGAUUAUUGCCGCCUGCUUUUGCACGACGACUACGACUAGCUAACACCUGUUUUUUUCUUUUCUUUUUUUUAUCGUCAACUAUAAUACCCACUAGAGAGAGGAAGCCGCGAGG